CGGCUGCAGUUUUCAAACCUCAACUGUAAUCUCCGGUCACCGUCUCUGCUGCCGUCGCCGGGAGCCACCUCACAGGGAAACAGGUCACUGCUGUUGGCCGUUGUCCAGAAGAGUAAAAGUGGGUCCUGCCACGCUCGGAGCUACCUGGCGCCUCACUGGGCUAGAGCUGGAGAACAAGUCCUGUGGUGGCCACCGGCGUGUGGCGGGACGGGAGCCCCCUUGGAGGGGGGCAGCCCCGAGAGAACCUCCUGUGGCCCGAGCGGUCAGUGUCUUCCGAUUCGCGCGACCGCGGUCCUGCCGCGACUGGUAAAAAUAAGUGACUAAAGAAGCAUAUCUGGGAGUCAUCUAACAUGUCGAGGAGAAGAUUUGAUUGUCGCAGUAUUUCAGGGUUGUUAACUACAACUCCUCAAACUCCAAUGAGAAUGGAAAACUUUAAUAAUUUUUAUACACUUACAUCUAAAGAGCUGGGAAGAGGAAAGUUUGCUGUGGUUAGACAGUGUAUAUCAAAAUCUACUGGCCAAGAAUAUGCUGCGAAGUUUCUGAAAAAGAGAAGAAGAGGACAGGAUUGUCGAGCAGAGAUUCUACACGAGAUUGCCAUACUUGAAUUGGCAAAAUCUUGCCCUCAUGUGAUUAAUCUUCAUGAAGUCUAUGAAAAUACCAGUGAAAUCAUUUUGAUAUUGGAGUAUGCUGCAGGUGGAGAAAUUUUCAACUUGUGUUUACCUGAGCUGGCUGAAAUGGUUUCUGAAAAUGACAUUAUCAGACUCAUUAAGCAAAUACUUGAAGGAGUAUGUUAUCUACAUCAGAAUAACAUUGUACAUCUUGAUUUAAAGCCACAGAAUAUAUUAUUAAGCAGCAUAUACCCUCUUGGAGAUAUAAAAAUUGUAGAUUUUGGAAUGUCUCGAAAAAUAGGGAAUGCAUGUGAACUUCGGGAAAUUAUGGGAACACCAGAAUACUUAGCUCCAGAAAUCCUGAACUAUGAUCCUAUUACUACAGCAACAGAUAUGUGGAAUAUUGGCAUAAUAGCAUAUAUGUUGUUAACUCAUACAUCUCCAUUUGUGGGAGAAGAUAAUCAAGAAACAUACCUCAAUAUUUCUCAAGUUAAUGUAGAUUAUUCAGAAGAAACAUUUUCAUCGGUUUCACAGCUGGCCACAGACUUUAUCCAGAGGCUUUUAGUAAAAAAUCCAGAGAAAAGACCCACAGCAGAAAUCUGCCUGUCUCAUUCUUGGCUACAGCAGUGGGACUUUGGAAACUUAUUUCACCCUGAAGAAUCUUCCACUUCCUCUCAAAGUCAGGAUCAUUCAUUAAGGUCCUCUGAAGACAAAACUUCUAAAUCCUCUUGUAAUGGAACCUGUAGUGAUCGAGAAGACAAAGAGAAUAUUCCAGAGGAUAGCAGCAUGGUUUCCAAAAGAUUUCGCUUUGAUAACUCAUUGCCCAAUCCCCAUGAACUUGUUUCAGAUUUGCUGUGUUAGCACUUUUCUCUUUGACUUACUGGACUGAAUUUGGAAUUUGAAAUCUACUCCGAUGUGAGAUUGUGGUUUGUAGCUUCAUUUAUGGCAUGUUUAUUUUGUAAAUGCACUUUUGCAUAGAAGUGUUUUAAUGCCAAAUUAUUAGUAACAAGCAUAAUUUCGUUUCCUGUUCUGAGAUACUAACUCUUCAGAGAAGAAAAUAUUUAAAUAUAUGACCAAAAUAAAGCUAUGCAUGUGAGUUUACAUGUUAAUUGAAGAAUUCAAGUUCAAAUGGAUUUAUCAAAAUAUUUUACAGGUGAGGAAAACAUUGAUUCGGGUUUAUAUUAUGGUUGAUAUAAAACUGAACAAAAUGAAGACAUUUGAAUUCAAUAGGUUCUAUGAGGUAAGUUCUAUAUACAUGCCUCUACUGACAAAAUUUUAUUAGGAUAACAAUGUCAAGUUUAAGCAAGAAUAUUUACUAUUUUUAUAGAUGUGGGAUAUUUUAUAUUUGAAAAUAUUUCAAUCACAAAUAUUUUGAAACUGCCUAAGAUUUCCAGGAUAUAUGAUCUGCUACAUGAGACAAGUCCUUUAACCAGAGCAAAGAGGGAAAUUAGAAACCCAAUUAGGGAUAUUCUAUACAAGUUGGAGGAAAAAAAAAAAAAGCAGCAUGGUAUCAUUUUUUUUUUUUUGACUCAAAUGUCUUACCCUCUCUCAUCAUACUUCAGAUUUAAUAAGGACUGAAAGAUGGAGACUUAGAUUGUACACAAGUGUAGAGGAUUUUCAUUUUCCAGAAUUUCUGAAGUAGAAGAUACUUAAGUAAGACUGCAUGUACUCUAUUUUGGGUGGCCAAACAUAUUUAUUAAUUGAGCGUAGAAGAAAAUGCUGACUUAUUUCAGCAACUUACAGAAUUUUAGAUGUUUUCUAAGUCUUAGGAUAUAAGCCAGUCAUUCAGAGUUCUAAAAGUGUACAUAAAAAAAUAUCACAGUACCAGUAAGACUGUUAACACAGUGCCAGAGUCCACAACAGCAAGGUGGAUGUGAUCAUAAAACCUGAUGACAUUAUGCGCUUCUAAAGUUCUUAGGUAAAAUUCCAGUGAGUGGUGAGGCCCAGCAGAGGGCCAUCUGCAGGAUGGCCUUAUAAUGGUCUUUUGUUGGAACCAAUGCAAGAGUCUAAGGACAGAAGGGUGGCUGGUGACUGUUUAGUGAUAAUAAAGGGAAGUUCACUCCUUUUAUGGUUAUCUUUGAUGAUUUCGCACCUGGUUACUAUCAAAAAUUCUGUUAUAUUAUCAUGUUAGGAUAAUUACCUCAUGAUCGUGUUACUAUAUCAAAUUAAAUUAUAUUUUGACAAAAAAAAUUCUUGAGUUUUCCCCCCUUGAAUUACAUAUUACUGUAAAGUCUUUAACUUUCUGAAAUUUGAUAAGACUCCAAAUAACUUAAAACUGUUUUUAAUAGCCAUCAGUUCACUUUAUUUGACUAAAUGUUGAAUUCCUUUUAAAUCUUUAGCAUGCCUUAAAGAAAAAGUUAUUUCUACUUGUGUGUGUAUAUGUGUAUAUGUAUAGGUGUAUAUAUUUAUGUAUAGAUAGAUAAAAUAUAUAGUCUUUAGACAACUUUCUCUUAGAGAUUCUUUGCUGUACUAUAUUGUGUUCAACUCAGGUGCCAAAGGAGCUCUCUUCUUAUGGACAUGUAAAUAUACAUUUAAAUUCUUUAAGAAAUACUUUGUUGGUUCAAUAAACUAGCCAUUGCAGAAGCUAAA